CUCAGUCCUAUAUAACCCUAACCGCUUCCCCUUUCAUCCUCAUCACCAACAACUUUCAGUUUCAUUCUCUCCUUCCUCUCAAACAAUCAAUGGCUUUGAUAAAAUCACUGGCGGCGAGGCUCGCAGCCGCGACGGUCCUGAUCUCGCUCCUCUUUGCGGUGUCGCACGGCUACGGUGGCAUAGUCGGCGGAAGGAGGCCGGUCGAGGACGUGAAGACGAACAAGGAGGUGCAGGAGCUGGGGAGGUUCUCGGUGGAGGAGUACAAUCGCAUGCAGAGGAAGAGCUUACGGAGCAACGGCGGCGGAGAGCUUCAGUUCAGGGAGGUGGUGGAGGCGCAGACUCAGGUGGUUUCGGGGAUCAAGUACUAUCUCAAGGUCUCCACCGUCAGGAAUGGAGGAGCUCCUUUGUUGUUUGAUUCCCAGGUUGUCGUCAAGCCGUGGCUCCGCUCCAAGCGAUUGCUCAACUUUGCGCCUCACAAUUAAUUAAUCAAGUUUUCGAACUAAGGGGUGUGAUCUACUCUAAUUUCUGUGUUAAUGAUAAUAGGUGGUGUUCUUUACUAAUCUAGUUGCAUCUGAUGGUUCUGGGGGUACUGUGUGAUAUUCUGUCUGGAUCUAUAACGCAGUUCUUGUUGGAAUGAAUAAAUGAAUAGCUCCUCGAUCUCUGCUGCCUUAUUUUUCGUGUUCUAACCAAGUUUGUUUCUGCUGGAAAGUUGGGAUUUGCUAGUAAAAUGUUUGGUCGUGAUUUGAAGUUCAAGCAAAUUAGAGAUCACUCAAUUGAGGAGGUGAUGCAUUGCUCGAGUUAAAAGUUGGAGAUCUGCAGAGGGGUUUCUGAUGUCGUGCAUUAGAAUUCUGUUUGGGUAGAAGUAAAAUAAAAGGAAAAAAGGAAUGACAAGAGCAGAAACUAUUAAUAAAAAUGAAAAUAAUAAUUGG